AUGAGCUCUUAUAUACAAUCGCAAUUUGCAGUUUCAGACAAAAAAAUCUUUGACUUUCAAAAACCCCAAGAGUUAUCCGAUUCGGAGGAAGAAGAAAUGCGCUAAUAACUGCUAAUAAUGAAUAACAAGGAUUCGAAAAAAUCAAAGAAACUAUUUGAUAUUGAAAGCAUCAAGGCUGAAUUGAAUAGUCGACCAGCACUUGAGACUGAAUAAUAACCAUAGAAAUUCGGUAAAAGAAUACAAAAAGCGAGUAUGAGACAAUUGCCAAAUCUGUUUAUUCCAACCUCCUCAUUGUUGAUUGAAUAACUGGGCAAUAUUCGAGCCUUUAAAACAAUGAAAGAGCAAGUUCCCCCAGAGGUGAUGCACAAAGUAUACACACAAUUGAGAUAUUAGUAUGUUUCAGCAUUCAAUGUGAUUUACAGACAAGGAGAUCUAAACAAGCGUUACUACAUCGUCCUGGAUGGCAGAUGUGUGGUCAUGAAACCCAAAGAGAAAAUGGUUGGAAUCCAAAAAGUAGAAUUUGAUAUCGACAAUUAAACCACUGAUAGCAAAGUACCCCAAGAUCCAUACGGGUUAAAAAACCUGUUUCCUGAUUAUCUAGUAGUCAAAGUGAUGUUUUCUGGAGACUCAUUUGGAGAGGUGGCAAUCAAAUUAGAGAGUUCACGUGCAUCAACAGUCUUCGCAGUUGAGAAUACUCAUUUGCUGUAUAUGAGUGAGGCAGCCUACAUACAACUGUUGGAUCCCUACUUGAGUUAAAUACUUGAAGAGAAGAUCCAAUACUUCAAAAAGAAUAUGAUCUUCACAUCAGUUGAAACUGAUAUCAAUGAAAUCAUGGGUAUUUUACUUGAAUGCCACAAAAUCACAUAUAAAGCAGGAGAAACCAUUUAUGAUGAAGGCAAUAAAUCUAAUUAUAUAUACUUUAUUAUAAGUGGCGAAGUCGAAUUGUCUAAGAAGGUUGCUGAAACCCAUUUGGUAUUAUCAUCAUAUGGAGAAUACCAAUAAUUUGGGGAAGUCGAAAUACUCAAUAAGGUUGAAAGAUUUACUAAAGCCAGAGUAAUCACGCCUAGAUUGAUUGUCUACAAAAUACGGAAGACCAAAUUCUUCAAUAAUUUGGGUAACUUUCUGGUCUAUGAAAAUAUGAAGAGGAAAUCAGUUCUCAUGUUUAAACAUUGGAAACUCAUUUUCAAUUCUGCUAAAUUCUAAAUCAAUAAAGAUUCCGAUCCUUACUUAAGUUCGCAUCGUAGGAAACUCCAAUCUAAAUUAUCGAAGCAUGACAGCACAAACUAAAGUCUAAGUUAAGUCCAAGUCUUUUAGCAUAUGACUGAUGCAGGAAUCCUCUCAGAUGACUAACACUGUUUUGCCUCUGAUGAUCAAGGCUCAAAGCGAGGUUACAGCAAUGCCUUGUAAUAAUACUAGGCAAAAUUAAAAAAAUAAGGAAAUCGUGCUUCCUAAUUAGAAUCAGCUACCAAGUAAAUUAGAGAUAAGACCUUCACUACAGAAGAUUAUUAAUCUCCAAAGAAUGUUGUACAUGGGAAGUUUUCAUUUCAUGUUAAAUUACCUGCGAUUAGUCCAAAUAAAGUUUUGCCUUAAAUGAAUUUAGAUUAGAUUCUGGAUUCCAUCACCAAACUUCCUAAGGUUCCACCUGAUAAUCUUGUUAUUUCUUUGAUGUAUUAAUAAGCUUACAAAUCUAAUAAUCCUGACAAAAGAGCAAGGCAAAUCCAAUAAGUAAUCCAAGCCUCCUUCAGGAAUGUGAGAAAGCAUUUGGAUUCGAAGGAAAAACUCUAAUUAAAGCCUAGAUUUAAAUCGCAAGAUUCAUUAUUAAAAAACCUAAGAAUGAAUGAUAAUAUUGAAGAAAAGAAAGAAAAAAUAGAUUAUCUAAACUUUGUGCAUCCAAAAUAAUUAUUUUGA